AUGCUACUCCUACCAACUAUGGCAGGGUACACACUUGGGCUUUUGACCAAUAUGGGCGUUCCCACAAUCCUUCAGACGAUUUCAGUUCUCCUUUUUUUGGAAUACGUCCUGUUAUCUAUUCUCGCUAUAUUUGAAAACCGUUUUCACAUCGUUUGUAAUUUCAAUUGGAAACCUUACUGGACAUCAAUUAGACGUGUUUGGCUAGGCGCACAUUAUUUGAUUGGUUUGGUUAUUCUUAUCCCAUUUGCCUUCUUGACUCCAGAUCAAGAUAUUGCCAAGAAAUUAAUUUUCCAACAAUUACCGUGUCUACCUGACUACAUUUAUAAUGCUCCCAUAUUUGUGACGUCUGACAGUUACACAUACCAUAUCACUGUUCUAGUCACUUUUCUGAUUUUUGGGGUCUCUGAAGCAAUUUUGAUUAUUCUGCUUCUUAUCACCAACACUAUUCAGCAAUUAAGAGCAAAGAAAAUGUCUCAAAAAUUAUUCGAGAUUCAAAAGAAAUUCUUCAUAGCCUUGGUAAUACAAAUGAUGGUUCCAUUGAUAUUUCUUCUAAUUCCUUUGAGUUAUGCCUGCUGUGUGAUUUAUUAUAAUUAUUACAAUCAAGCCAUCACAAAUAUUGGGGUCGCAAUGGAGUCAAUACAUGGAAUUGUCUCUACAAUAGUCAUGAUUUUUAUUCAUCGUCCUUAUCGAGAAGCGUUCUUUAGCAUGUUUUCGAAGAGACCGAGAAGUACUUCAUCAAAGAGUUCUCAGAGAUUCAAUGUGUCAAAUAAUCGAGUAGUUCCGUUAAGAGUGUCCAUGAAUAAAGUUUGA